CUUACAGCACAAUUAUUCCAUUAUAAUGAUGCCCCAGUUCUUUUAGUCUCAUCACUUCGCUUUUCCACCCUGUCGCGCGUCAAGCACCUCUUCCCUACUCUAUCGUUACCAUGUCGAUCCUUGAGCCCGAAUCUGGAAUCUGGUACGCCCUUUGCUGGCUUGUUGUAUUGACGCGACUUGCCUCAAGACGACUGCAUUUGGGGUCAUGGAAAUCUCUCCAACUUGACGACUAUUUGAUCGUCCUGGCAAUGGCCACGGAUACGAUUUUGAUGGCCAUCAUGCAUAUCAUUAUUCACACAAGUAGUAACCUCAUCGCCCCUGGGGAAGAUGUCUCGCAUUUUUCCUCUCAGGAUAUCAGCGAAAGAAUAUACGGCUCUAAGCUCGUACUAGUAUCGGAACAGAUGCAGAUUCUUACCGUCUGGCUGGUUAAGACAUGCUUGUUGAUCAUGUAUAAUCGCAUGACAGUACUACUGCCACAACACAAGUUAGUCAAGGCUGUGGCGGUUUAUGUUGCCCUUGGAUUUGUGGUGAUGGAGAUACUUUAUUUCGGAGUUUGGUGCCGCCCAUUCUCACAAUACUUCGCUGUACCACCACGAAGCUCCCAAUGCUCCGCUGCUACCAAUCAUCUGAUAACAAACGCCGUGUUCAACAUUUCCUCAGAUCUUAUGAUCAUCGCUAUCCCAAUGCCACUACUGUUUAAAGUUAAGCUCCCGAAGAAGAACAAGACUAUACUAUUCGGCGUGUUUCUUAUCGGGACGUUUACGAUCAUUGCAGCCGUAUUGAAUAAAUAUUACUCUUUCACGCAUCCAUUCGGCACGCAAUGGACAAUCUGGUAUCUCCGCGAAUCCUACACCGCCAUCCUUUGCGCCAAUCUUCCUUUAACUUGGCCUGUCCUCCAACGUAUCUUCAAUCUCAAUAACUGGAGCCACAACUCCUAUGGUACUGGCCAAUAUGGAACUCACUCAAGGCCUCAUGGUACAAUAUCUGCCUUCAAAAGCAACGCACCAAAGACGAGACUUCAAUCCGAAUCGAAUAGUAAGAGCGGUAGUAUGCGGAGAGGCGAAAGCCAAGAGCGAAUCAACUACACCGGAGAGCCUCUCAAGAUAUAUCAAAAUAUGGAGGUGACCAUACAUUCAACUAGCGCGAAGGAAAUACCUGGCUUGGAAUUAGGUGACUUGGGAUCACACAACAGCCGGAUAAGCAUUGACACAAAACAUAGCGGGAGUAGUGGCUCGGAAAAGGCACGAGUCACCACCACCUGCCACGCUGUCUAAGGAGUCACAAAUGCACUCAGACCACUUCCUCGUAAGCCUUGCCUAAGUCGUAAUGUAUGAUCACGUGAUGAUGAUAAGAUACCCUUCCAAAGUUCAAUAUGAAUUCUUACUAAGCGUAAGAACAUCCCUAAUGUAGUCUCUUAUGUGAUUGUAAAUCCUCAAUUGAUCACACGUUCUCCCAAGUUAGGAAGUGCCCCGGUUCCUUCAACUCAGUGCCAAGUCUUCAAUCCGCUUUUCGUCCGCCUCAACACCUCAAGUGUUUCGCUAUCGCUCUUCAUUACAAAGCUUACUCGAAAAAAAACC